AACCAAGAUGUCGACGACGUACAUCCUAAGCUCUAUUAACCAGAGCCGUGGAUCGACCUAUGAUUUCUCAUCAGAAGGUCCCCUAGCCGAGAUCCAACCGUAUAGACCCUCUAUCGCAAAUCUAAUAUACCCUCAUCUUACAUGGUCGACGCUCUGGUUUACGCUGCUAUGUUUUUUCGUUGUAUUAAACAUCAAGAAUAUGCCAUUUAUGUGGCAUCUUCGACUCGUUAAUGGUUUUCGCUUUAUUCUACGAACACAGCGGCCAGCUGUACCGCUUACGCACACGCAUAUAUUUCAACCUAUCAUCACAUCUUCUACGGCACAGCUCAUGGAGAUUGAUUUUAACAUGCACAAAUCUAAUUCUUCAUAUUUCGCGGACGUUGAUAUCGCACGAACUCACCUAGUCUGCACAUUAUUCGCGAAGGGCAUCGAUCAGAUGCGCGGUGGAACGGCUGCAUAUACUGGGUCUAAGAAGCCCGUUUUCGGCCUUGCGCUCGGCGCGGUAUCGUGUAACUUUAAGCGCGAAGUUCGUCCAUACGAAGAGUACGAAAUGUGGUCUAAAAUUCUAGCCUGGGACGAGAAAUGGAUCUACAUCGUAACCCACUUCGUCCGUAAGGAUGCCGCCAAACCAAAAAAUUAUUCACUAUAUCCCGAGCAGUCACUGAGCCAGAGCCGACGGAAUAGCACUACAGAAUCAGGCGUAUCUUCCAACAGCAGCAACACGGAUGAUGAGGUCAAGCCAGACAAGCAUAUUUUCGCCACAGCUUUAAGCAAAUGCGUCUUUAAGUCCGGCCGCAAGACUGUUUCACCGGAACUCAUGCUACAGAUGUCCGGGUUAUUACCGGCGGGUACCUCUGGGGAGAAAUCCUUCGACGAGGCCACAAUAAUGCAGGGCAUUGAGGCGCAGAGGCAAAAGGGGCUUGAGACAGCACAACUUCUCGCCGGCCAAACCCAACAGAACCUCGAGGCCGAGUUCGCGGGCGCGGACUGCGAGGCCUUGGGAAGACACACGGACGGUGCAGGCAUUGUUGGAGUAGUCAACACUCUGAUGCAACUCGCGCGUUUGAAAAAGACGCAAUUAUUAUGA